CCACCAUAUAUUUGACUCUAUCACAUGUAAUUUCCUGUACCAGCUGGGCUUAUUUUCUUCUCUUCCUAACUAAACCGCUUCCUUCACAAAUAAGUUAACGCACGGCCAGUACGAUUGAUUUCUCUUCAUUUCUCACAGCAUCUUCUACCAUGGCUUCGAACGGAGCUCCUCUGGGAGACGCGGAUACAAAGACAAGUUUAGAGAAGAUCAAACGACAAUUAGCAUCUGGUUCUGGCAGGAAUUUACUACAGGGUCCACUUCUCAAACGAUCUGAGACUCUGAGGAAGUGGAAUGAAAGAUGGGUGAUAUUGGAUCCAACAACCGGAAAAAUGGAAUACAAGGUUAGGAGGAAUGAGCCGACAGUCAAGGGUACCAUAAUAUUCGAUGCCAAUAGCACGAUAUCCAUGUCUCCUGUGAACUUCCAUGGACUGCCAAAAUAUGAUGGCUGCUGUUUUUAUGUUGGCACUCCGCAAAAGAAGGACUACUUCCUAUGCGCAGAAACCCCUGGUGCAGCUAGGGCUUGGGUAUCUACGUUGCAUGCGACUCAGCUUGUCUUAAAGGCUCACAAAGAAGCUGUGAACUCGUUAAGUGGAAAUGGGUCAGCAAAAUUGGGAACAGUGGCAACUGUAGUCGCUGCAGCUAAUUCAACUGCUCUUGAAGCUUUGAAGGAAAUUGAGGCAGCGAUGCAGAUUGCAAUGAGAAAUGCUUUAGGAGCAAUGAUGAACCACACACCUGAUGGCCCCAUGGAUGACCUGUCAAUAAUGAAGGAGACUCUGAGAGUUAAGGAUGAAGAGUUGCAAAACCUGGCCAAGGAAAUACGUGCGAGGGAUUCAACGAUAAAAGAGUUAGCAGAUAAACUAUCUGAAACCGCCGAAGCCGCAGAGGCUGCUGCAUCUGCAGCUCAAACUAUGAAUGAGCAAAGGAAAAUUGCAUGUGCCCAGGUUGAUCACUUAAAGGGAGAUUCAGAAAAGCAACUGGAAUUGUCAAAGUCCAAGCUGAGGGAGUUCGAAGAAAAGUUUAUGACCCUGAGUAAGGAAAUGGAUCAACUGAUAAAGCAGAGAGAUUCGGCAAUUCAAGAAGCACAUUUAUGGCGUUCUGAGAUCGCAAAAGCUAGAGAACAGGCAGUAAUACUGGAAGGGGCUGUUGUUCGAGCGGAAGAAAAGGUCAGACUAAUGGAGGCUGAUACGGAAGCUCGAAUAAGAGAAGCUUCACAAAGAGAGGCUGCUACUGCAAAGGAGAAGCAAGAACUGCUGGCAUAUGUGAAUAUGUUGCAAGCACAAUUAACCAGGCAGCAUGUUGAUAUGAAUCAAGUGUUUGAGAAGACAGAGUCUUGCUCAAGUAGUAUUAGUAACUUACCACAAACCAAGCAUGUGGAUUUAUCAGAAGAGAAUGUGGACAAAGCAUGUCUACGUGUUUCUAGGGCCAUCGAUCAUGUGCCUCCAGAGAAUGUAGUUGAUCUAGCAGUAGAUCAAACAAACCAUCAGCCGAUUGGAAAUGGUGAGUGGAGUGAUAUUCAACCAACAGAGUCGAGAAUAGCUGAUGUAAGAGAGGUAGCAUCUGAAACAGAAAGGAGCAGCUUAGACAUACCAGUAGUAGUCACAUUACCUUCAAACACGCAUCAAGAUCAAGGGCAUAACUCUCACCAGCCUUAGCUUUCUAAUGCUGUCAAAGGAGCCCCAUACAUCACAUAGAUGAUAGAACCAUAUAAUCCAAUGUCAAAUGUGCCUCAAGCUAGCAACUUUCUGCUGAUCUUUAGGACCUUAUUGAAUAUUGCACUUACAAUUAUUGUCUGUCAGCGUGUUUAGUUUUGUGCAUAGUAUCUCUCCUCUUUCCUUUUAAGCUUUUUUAUUCUUGAAGGAUGAGGUAGCCGAGUCUUUUGUGAUGUUUGAAGAAUCUAAAUAAAGCCUUGUUGAUUGUGGAUAUUCAUACUAAAAGUUUGUAUCA